CCCCUCCAACUCAUCCAACGCAGUGCUUAUGAUAUUUGUGGCUUAUGGGGGAUCAUGGUGUUCCCAAUUUAUGGCACCGAAUGAUGUUUCCGAAAGUUGGGGAAUGAACAGUAAUAAUUAGCCAACAAAAUGCCGCCAUUGACAAUCCUCACGACAACAAACACCUAAAAGCCGCACACAGUCCGUCGUUUGGGAUUGAUUUCCGAGCAAACCCUUGUCUAUCUGUAGAUGAUGAAACAGAGAGAGUCCGCGACCCGACUCCGCGACUCCAAAAUUGUGUACGGACGAUUCAGAGAUGAAGAGACCUCGCAAUGGUGACUCCUUAUUAAAUGUCAAUUGUCGAAGCAGUGUUGUUAACAACAUCAAAACGAACAAGAAGAGAAAGAGCUUGUUCGACCUCUCGUUCCCUUUAUUCUUUUCACUCUGGUGUAUUGUUUUCUUCUUCUACGCCAAACUUGGCCUUACCCAUGGCAAUGGAGGGAAUUCGGAUGCUGACAAUGGAAGUAUACCGAACCCUAAUGUUUGCGAUGAUGAGGUUUGUGACAGUGGGAAUUUGCCAGUUGAAGAUAAAAGCAGGAUUUAUACAAAUGAGAUACUGUUAGAGUUCAAUGCCUCUAUGAACUGUAGUAAUUCCACCGUUCACGAUCCUAACUCUGCGAAUUCUACAUAUUCACUUGCAGAAACCAAUGAUUUAGAAGUAAUAUUUUGGAGUUUUUUAGGUUACACUGAUUUAGUGUGUGGGUUAGAACCGCAAGAACAGAAGAAAAACAUACCAGGAAAGCUACUGACUAAUAGAACUCAUCCUGCUUAUCUCAAUUAUGAUGAGUUUCGGAACAUAACAAGGCAGGAAAAAAACUUCCGAAAGGAUGCACCGACUCGUCUUUUUAACAUCACUCACCGGCUUGAGCCUGAUGGAACAAAGUACAACUAUGCCUCCGCAUCAAAAGGUGCAAAAGUGCUGGCUCAUAAUAAGGAAGCAAAAGGAGCUAAUAACAUAUUGGGGAAGGAUCACGAUAAAUACCUGAGAAACCCUUGUUCUGUUGGGGGAAAGUUCGUUGUGAUUGAGCUUACAGAGGAAACUCUGGUUGAUGCAGUCAAAAUUGCAAAUUUUGAACAUUAUUCUUCUAAUUUUAAAGAAUUUCAGUUGUCCGGGAGUUUGGUUUAUCCUACUGAUUCAUGGUACCCGUUGGGUAACUUUGUUGCUACAAAUGUCAAGCUCGCUCAAAGCUUUAAGCUUCCUGAACCCAAAUGGGUAAGGUACUUGAAGUUGAGUUUACUUAGUCAUUAUGGAUCGGGAUUUUACUGCACACUAAGUGUGCUGGAGGUAUAUGGUGUGGAUGCAAUCGAGCGGAUGCUUGAAGAUCUCAUUGUGGCUUCUGGGGAUCCUACUAAUAAGAAAUUGCCAAAUCCUAAUUCAACUGCAACGCUUUCCCUAAAACGAGAAUCAGCUCAAAGUGACCAUAAAGGGGAUGCUGCAGUUCAAAAUGUGGUUGAGGCUGCUGAUAAAGGGACAGAUAGCAUAGAUGAUGCACAAAGGCUUAACAAUGAUGUGAUUAAGAAUUCAGUGAUCACGAGCAGCACAAUUCCCGAUCCUGUGAUGGAAGUUAGACAGCAGCCAAAUAGCAGAAUUCCUGGUGAUUCUGUUCUGAAGAUCUUGAUGCAGAAGGUGAGGUCACUUGAGCUAAACUUAUCUGUGCUAGAGGAGUACAUCAAAGAGCUGAACAGAAGACAAGGUGAUGUUUUGCCUGAGCUUGAUAAAGAGCUAUCUAGAGUUUCGUUGCUUUUGGAUAAAAGCAAAACAGUACUCAAGGAUCUCUUGGAUUGGAAGGAUUUUAUGGAGAGAGAAAUUACUGAACUUGAGUUAUGGAAAGUUUUUGUUGAAUCCAAACUGGAUGCAUUGAUCAGAGAAAAUAGCAUACUGAGAUUAGACGUUGAAAAGAUUUCAAGUGAUCAAGCAAGUCUGGAAAAUAAGGAGCUUGCUGUGCUAGCCGUGAGCUUUUCCUUUGCAUUUAUUGCAAUCAUCAAGUUAGUUUCAGAGAGAGCCUUGGUGGUUUCUGGAGCCUCUACGUCUGGCAAGGUAUGCCAGAUUAGUAGAGGUUGGGUUCUGAUACUUGUUAGCAGCAGUGUGACUAUAUUGAUUACCUUGCUUUGUAGCUAGUCUCUCCCAUUUGUAGCUGUAGGAAAUCACGUGCUAUAUUAACACUUGCCCCUGUAUGUAUUGGCCUCAUAGUUAAAGAAUUUGUAGCAUACAUGAUACUUUAAUUAUAUCGUCAAAUUCUUAGGUUCUGUUAUUUGAGCCUGCGCGCCAUGCUGAAACAUGUCAUCAUGGUUUUGUAGUUG